AUGGGAGCGGCCUCUGAGGAGGAGGAGGAGGAGGAGGCGGGAACCCCAGCGUCCCAGGUUGCUGUUGCCAACAGCUAUGCUUGUAUAGGACUUGACAAAGUGGAAGAAAGGCUGCCCAUUCUGUAUCAACCAACUGAUAAGGUAGUUGCUAAUGCAGUGGAUGCUGUUGUUGGAGCAAGGGAUGCUGUAACAAUCACUGUGAUUGGUGCCAAGGAUACUGUUGCACAUACAAUUAAUGGAGUUGUCGACAUGACAAAAGGAGCUGUUCAGAACAGUGUGGAUCUGACCAAGUCAGUUGCUGCUGGUAGCAUCAGUACUGUCCUGGAGAGCCGUGUAGUGCGUCUUGUGACUAGUGGAGUGGAUAAUGCACUCAGUAAAUCAGAAACCCUUGUAGACCAGUACCUCCCACUUACAGAAGAAGAGCUGGAGAAAGAAGCUACAAAAAUGGAAGGAUUUGAAGUUGAAGUUCAGAAGCCAAGUUAUUAUGUUAGACUAGGAUCUUUGUCUUCAAAGGUCCGAUCACGUGCCUACCAACAGGCCUUAAACAAGGUUAGGGAUGCUAAAAUCAGAAGCCAAGAGACAAUUUCUCAACUUAAUUCCACGGUUAAUCUGAUUGAAUUUGCCAGAAAGAAUAUGAAUAGUGCCAACCAGAAACUCCAAGAUGCCCAACAGAAGUUGUACAGUUCCUGGGUAGAAUGGAGGAAAAACAUAAGCCAAAAUGAUGAGGAUGACUUGAAAAGUGCUGAGUACAUUGAAUCACGCACGCUGACGAUUGCACGGAAUUUGACUCAGCAGCUUCAAACCACCUGCCUCACCCUGGUGUCAAGUAUACAAGGCCUGCCACAGAAUAUCCAGGACCAAGUUCACCAUGUUGGGGAAAUGGCAGGGGAAGUUUACCAAAGCUUCCGGUCGGCAUCUUCCUUCCAAGAAGUGUCUGACAAUCUCAUUACCACCAGUAAAGGGCAGCUGAAGAAAAUGAAGGAGUCAUUGGAUGAUGUGAUGGAUUAUCUUGUAAACAACACGCCCCUCAAUUGGCUGGUUCCAGACUUCACCAUCACAGACUUAUCUUCAGAAUCUGAUGAGAUACCAGACAUCUUGGCUUUGGAUGAGGAAGGGCAGCCUGACUAUUCACGCACAAAUGGUCCAGUAACCACAGGACAAAGGGCUGAAUAGACAUCAAGCACAAAACAGACUGUUCUUUUUCUUUCAGUAUGUACUACAGUGGACCCUUGUUAUACGCUGGGGUUUGGUUCCAAGAUCCCCCGUGUAUAACAAAAUCAGUGUAUGUUCAAGUCCCAUUAAAUAUAAUGACAUAGCA